ACAUAUGUGCUGACAAAUGAGAGACAUUUCUUUUUCCUGCUUAUGGAGAAGCUGAAGUGUAGUGUAGUAUUGUAAAUGCAUAAGUACAUAUUACCGAACUAUAUACUGUAUGUACAUACACUCAUUGACCACUUCAUUAGGUACAUUUUUAUAAGGUGCAUUUCUGGGACUUGAUAUCAGUUGAUCCUAUGUAGACCUGUGUGCAGUUUGUCAGCCUCUACCCCAUUCAUCUCUGGACCGUGAGCACCACAGGACCACCGGUGACCAGAAUGUUUUUUUAGACAGAGGACUGUUCUCAGCUGUAUUAGCUGUAUAGCUGUAUUACUCUCAUGGUAAUGGCGUUGUAUAGUGUGUGUUGCUGGUACGAGUGUAUCAGCCGCAGGUUUUAACCACCCCAGAGUUAGUGCUGGGUUGAGGCUGUACAAUAAUUACCACACACUAUACAUGGGAAAAGUUGAGCUAAAGUUCAUCUGUUCACCAGCGGUGCAGAUCAACAUGUCGUUUAGGUGUGUCUCAUAAAGAGACUAGUAAGAACACACAGUGUUUAAACAGGAAAACAACAAUGCUGUUGCAACUGAGAGUUGUACCACACACUAGUCUGCCAGUACGAAGGGCGGGACGAUGAUAAAUCUCUAAACAUAAAUCUGUCAUAAAGGACACAUUAAAAGCUCAUUCUCUACAUCAUCAUUCAGAAACGAAUGGUAGACCUACACCAGAUUCUGAAGAAAGGUUGUCACAUAUCGAUCGGAGGCUACUGAACCGGAUCACAUGCAGCAAAUUCAGUGAUAUGGUCAAAUAUUGAAUAAUUGCCUUAUAAACUGAAAUUGUAUUGUAAUAUGUGGAAGCCUGAGGUUUACAACCCUAGUCAGUACCAUGGCAGUGUCAUUGCUGUGCUGAGAAUGAUUAAUCACUCAAGUAAUAUCUGAUCACUGGUGGUGCUGUGGUGGACCUGUGUGGUACACAGUGUACUUUUGGGUUUGACAGAUGUCACACCUGUUAAUCACAUGUUCCAAUAUUUUUGAUCACUUCAAAAAUGGGAUUCUGGUUGGGGCUCCUCGGGCAAAUUCAUCCUUCAGUAACUCUGUUCACUCUCCUGGAGCUGUAUUUAAGUGCCGUAUACACAGCAACCCAGAGCGCCGCUGUACAGAGAUCGACCUGGGCAGAGGUAACAAGAAAAGGGAGUCUUGUGGAAAGACAUGCCAAGGGGACAGAGAUGAUGAGUGGAUGGGGGUCAGUCUGACAAGACAAGACAAACCCAAUGGAAGAGUUCUGGCCUGUGCACAUCGCUGGAAAAACGUAUACUACGAAUCGGAGCACAUCCUACCGCAUGGCUACUGCUCUGUGAUCCCACCAACAUUACAGGGCAGGACCCAGGCUCUCAUUCCAUGUUAUGAAGAUCAUAAGAAGACGUAUGGGGAAGAACACGGCUCAUGCCAGGCAGGGAUCGCAGGAGCUUUCAUGGAGGAGCUGGUGGUCAUGGGAGCACCUGGAUCAUACUACUGGACUGGAACAGUGAAAGUGUUCAAUAUCACCUCCAAUACACAAUACAGCCUCAACAAAAAUCAGCUGAGUUCUCAAAGAUACAGUUACCUUGGCUAUGCAGUGACAGCUGGUCACUUCUCCUCGCCUACUGCCAUCGAUAUCGCUGCUGGUGCACCUCAGGAUGGUGGCGGAGGAAAAGUUUACGUCUUCAGAAUCGACGGGGUCUCUCUUGUGAAGGUCUUUCAAGCCUCAGGGAAAAUGAUGGGCUCUUACUUUGGCUCCUCACUGUGUGCAGUUGACCUGAACGCAGACGGACUCUCAGACCUGCUGGUCGGGGCACCGAUGUUCACUGAGGUUCGGGAUGAAGGCCAGGUGUCUGUUUAUAUCAGCAGGGGCAAUGGAGUGAUGGAGGAUGCGAUGGUUUUGAAUGGAGACAAUGCAUACAAUGCCCAUUUCGGAGAGUGUAUCAGUGCCAUUGGGGACAUCGAUGAUGACGGGUACCAAGAUGUGGCAAUAGGAGCUCCUAAAGAGGAUGACUUUGGGGGUGCAGUGUACAUCUACCACGGUGAUGCUAAAGGAAUAGUCAAUAAGUACUCGAUGAGGUUGUCUGGGCGAAGCAUCAAUCCAACCUUCCAAAUGUUUGGCCAGUCAAUAUCUGGCAACGUAGACAUGGAUGGGAACGGAUAUCCAGAUGUGACAAUCGGUGCAUUCAUGGCAGACAGUGUGGUGUUAUUAAGGUCUAAACCAGUAAUCACAGUGGACGUGUCCAUCUUUCUGCCGACCUCCAUAAACAUCACCGUGCCUCAGUGUCAUGAAGGUCCACAGCAUCUCAACUGCUUUAAUGUGACUGUCUGUAUGCUCUUCCGUGGGAAACUUGUGCCAGGACGGAUAGAGCUGCUGUACAAUCUAACAGCGGAUGCAGAUAAGCGAUACAAAGGCCUCUCAUCACGGGUCUAUUUCACACAUGGCGGAGAGCAGACUGGUGCUGUGAGUAAAAACUUCAGCCUUAGCAUCAACCAGCAGGAGUGCCAUCACUACACAGCCUAUGUACGGAAAGAAGUGAAGGAUGUGUUUGCAGCCAUCACUUUUGAGGCAUCGUACAGGCUGGGCAAACAUGUGCUGGAUGUACAUCAGGAGCAUGAGCUUGCUUCACUCUCUCCUGUACUGCGCUGGAGGAAAGGAGAGAAGAUUGCAGCAAGGAAUGAGACUUGGUUUGAGAAGAACUGUCUGUCCGAUGACUGUGCUGCUGACCUGAAGCUACAUGGCAAACUGCUGCUUUCAGGACAUCACAUCAGGCCUCAUCUUGCUCUUGGAGGGGUGAAAAAUGUCUCCCUCAAUAUAACCAUUGUCAAUGCUGGAGAUGAUGCUUAUGACACCAACAUCUACCUAAAUUUUUCCAGGGAGGUUCACUACAUAAACUUUCUGCAAAGGGAAGAGAAGGGAAUUUCCUGUGAACUGAUUCAGCUGGACUUCCUCAAAUGCAGUGUGGGAUUUCCUUUCAUGAGAGCCCAGACUAAGUACCAUCUGUCUGUACUUUUUGACACAAGUCAUCUGUCUGGUGAAAAUGACACACUGCUAUUUUUAGUACAUGCCAGGAGUGCCAACCCAGAACAUGAGAACAAAUUACACGAUAACACGUUGGAGCUGUCCAUCCCGCUGAUGCAUGAAGUGGACACAGCUGUGACUGGUGUGGUUACUCCUUCUUCAUUCGUGUAUGGAAAUUCUGUUGACUCUUCUCGCUUUGUUCAGCUGGAGGACUUGGAGUGCAACUUCCAGCCUCUCAACUUUACGUUUCAGGUGAUAAACAAUGGGCCAAGCAGACUGCCGGGCUCCACCGUGGACAUAAGGAUACCUAACAUGCUGGUGGGCAAUGGAGCAGACAUGUUCCACAUCAUAGACACACAAGUAGCUGAGGGCAGAGGGAACUGCACAUGGCACAGAAACCCCACACCGUGCAUCAUCCCCCAGGACAGAGAGAGUAUUUUCCACACCAUCUUUGCGUUCUUCACCAAGUCUGGCAGGAGGGUCUUGGACUGUGACCGGCCAGGAAGAGCCUGUCUAACCAUUUCCUGUAGCCUAGGAUCCCAAGCUAAAGACGAAGCUAUAAUUAUCGAUGUGCAAAUGCUACUGAACACUGAAACACUUAAGAAAGACAGCUCUUCGGUUAUUCAGUUUGUGACACGAAGUCACGUCCAAGUGGACAGCCGAGCUAUGGAGGUGUCCAGCGGCCUACCAGAGGACAUUUCUCUGGUGUUUGAGGCACUGCACAGUCAGGAACCCAGGGGUUACGUGGUGGGCUGGAUCAUUGCCAUCAGUCUGCUAGUGGGGAUCCUCAUUUUCCUCCUGCUGGCUGUGCUGCUCUGGAAGAUGGGAUUUUUCAGGCGGCGUUACCGAGAGAUAAUAGAAGCAGAAAAGAACAGGAAAGACAGCGAUGAGAGCUGGGAUUGGGUUCAGAAGAGUGAAUGAGAGCCUGGGCUCGUUUCAGAUGACCCACUAAGCUGCUACCUUCACCACGGCCAUGUCCUUAGACUCAUACCAUCCAGUCUUCCAUAUGUGGAAGAGAAGAAUAUUCUCCAAAUUUUUCGGAGCCUUGACACUUUUUCUGUAGGUAGAAAUGGAUAUUUGGCAUGACUACGUGGUUCACCAGAUAUGACUCACAGUGGAAUUCCAUAUGAUCCCAACGGAGGUGGCCGUCUGCCAGUUGGAGCGGAGAGACGGAAGGAAAGAAAUGGAGACUUCCAACAAAGGAUAUGGAUAUUGCAUCAAAACUAGCAGAUCAUAAAAACCCUCAGGGCGCUGUUUAAGAGCAGAGACCUAUUUUUUUACAUGUAUUCAUGUAUGUUGUAUAAAUGAGAGCUUCAGGAGGGCUUGUAGAUUUUUGGCCUUCAAACAUAUAUUUUUGGUAUUGAUGUUUGAAAGCACUGAUUACUGAUACAUGCUGAAGACUUGAUACUCUUCGUGUAAAGAUCAAUGUUCCAGGAAGAACAUAUAAUAGUACAAUAAGUUGGAAACAUCCUGCAAAUGAAGACUUCUGUUUCUUUUCAUUUCUCAUCCAUCCAAUUUGCGAAAGAUGUGAUGUUUUGGUUUUUGCUUUUGGUUAUUUAUCAGUUCGAGAAGAAACAGAGAGGCUCAUGUCAGUGCAAAUUACCAAUUCUUUAAUCAUGCACAUUUGCACUGGAUAAUACUCCAUUUUAUAAAUGAUAUGAACAAUUCUAUGCAAUCCCUUUAGCCCUGCGUACCUUCUUUGAUUUCUUUUGAAAGUAAACAAUAGCAUAAAUCGUCCGCCAAAAAAGUAUAAUAAUGCAGUAAUCUUGAGUCCAGCCUUUGCACGCAUCGUUUUCUUAAAGCUUUCACUGUUUUUGUGAAGCUUUCACUGUUUUUGUAAAGCUUUCACUGUUGUUGUAGUGUAAUUAUUCUUAGCCUCUGGUCAAAUAUUGCACCUAAAGAUAAAUCAGAAUGUGCUGCCCUUCAUGACUGGGCCUAAGCUCACUCUUUAGGGCUUUUGGGAAAAGUUUUAUGUCAACACAUUGGAAUGCAAAGCUCCCUCAUAACUCAGAGCACAUCAGUUAUAAAAGCAAAAGCCCCACUCCAAGCAGAGGUGUGCCGUCACUUCUUUCAAAGCAGUUUUAUUCAAGAUCAUUGGCCAACGAAGCUUAAUUGUAAAAUGCAGCAGUAAAACAGAACACAAUGAAUACAGAAAGUAUUAAAAUCCGUCAUCAUGUUCUGGUUUCUGGUGUGAGGGCCUAAACCAGAGAGCAAACUCUAGCCAUCAUUUUCUCAUUUUCCUUCAAUUCUUACCCCAUUAUCUUUAUCAUACACUGAAUCUACAACCUAUAUAUCAUUUCUGUUUGAAUGGAAAAUGUUUAUAAAUAAUAGAAAUAUUUGCUAAAACCAUAGAUGCCAUCUGGAUAAGAAUUUUUUAUUAGCUCUAUAUUUCACCACACAUUUAUACCAAAGUCAGCUAUACCAAAGUCAGCUAAUUUUCCAGUUACUUCACUGCUUAUCAUUCACAUUUGCUGAUUUACUGAUAUCUGAGAGAUUGGCAUGAAGAAAAUUGCUUGUAUGUUGUAUGAAUGAUCCAUUAUGUCACUGGCAUGGCAAACGUAAAUUCACAUUUCUCCUCGGCACCUGGCGAAGUUUUUCGCAUGGACGUGCAUCUGAGAGAGAAAUACUUGACAUUAAAUAGGUAUUUAAGUAUUGUGUAUUAACUGUGAGCGUUUUAGCAGUAUUAUCACUUUUUUUGAAUAAACUACUGUCACAGAUUUUCAUUUUUGUAAAUGCAGUGAAGUCUAUGUUGUACAAGUUAUGCGAGUUGUUGAAGUUGUAUAUUUGUCUGUUGAUUUUUCCAUUUUAAAAUUAAAGUUCACAACUGGAUGUCUUUUGUGUA